GGGAGCCGAGUCCAGCCGGCGCGGCCCGUCUCCAUUCCCCUCUCCCUUCCCUUCCCCUCCCUGAUCGCCUGCGGCGGCCGGCCGGCCGACCUGCCUGCCUGCCUGCUUGCUUGCCCCGGCCCCGGCACGGAAAGCGAGGGAGGCUGCGGCCUGCUCGGGGGUCUUUCCCAGCCCACCCAGCAAGGCCUGCCCGGGGUCCACGGCUCCUCCGCAUCUCUUCGUGCGCCUCCGCCGCCAUGACUUCCCUGACCCAGCGAAGCUCGGGCCUGGUGCAGCGCCGCACCGAGGCCUCUCGCAGCGCCGCCGCGGCCGACAAAGAGCGGGUGGCCGGCGGCGGCGGCGAGGGCUCCGAGGAGGAAGGCCGGCGGGACGAGCAGGCCGAAGACGAGAAGGGCGACUCCAAGGAAACGCGCCUCACGCUCAUGGAGGAAGUGCUGCUGCUGGGCCUCAAGGACCGAGAGGGUUACACAUCAUUUUGGAAUGAUUGCAUUUCCUCUGGGCUACGUGGCUGCAUGUUAAUUGAAUUGGCACUGAGAGGGCGUCUUCAGCUGGAAGCAUUUGGAAUGAGACGCAAAAGUCUGCUAACUAGAAAGGUGAUCUGCAAAUCGGAUGCUCCUACAGGGGAUGUUCUACUUGAUGAAGCUCUGAAACACAUUAAGGACACGCAGCCUCCCGAAACAGUGCAGAACUGGAUAGAGCUGCUUAGUGGUGAAACAUGGAAUCCAUUAAAAUUGCACUACCAGUUAAGGAACGUACGUGAACGAUUAGCCAAAAACCUAGUGGAAAAGGGGGUUUUGACUACGGAGAAACAGAACUUUCUCCUCUUUGACAUGACCACGCACCCUCUCACCAACAACAACAUUAAGCAGCGCCUCAUCAAGAAAGUUCAAGAAGCUGUUCUUGACAGAUGGGUAAAUGAUCCCCACCGUAUGGACAAGCGCUUGUUGGCUCUCAUUUACUUAGCCCAUGCUUCAGAUGUCCUUGAAAACGCUUUUGCCCCCCUUUUGGAUGAGCAGUAUGACCUAGCCACAAAGAGGGUGCGGCAGCUCUUGGAUUUAGAUCCUGAAGUUGAAUGUAUGAAGGCCAAUACAAAUGAGGUCCUGUGGGCUGUAGUAGCAGCUUUCACAAAAUAACUGCAAUCAGACUGCUCAAGUGUUCUUCUUUCCCAUUUCAUGUAAAUCAGUUUAUCUUCUAUUGGCGAUUCAUGAUUUCUGUCAUCUGCACCUCUCUUCCUCAUAUGGUGAAAAUCAGCUCUUGUUCAUGGGAAUGGUAGGUGGUGUGUUCUGUUUUUUGUGUGUGUGUAUGUGUGUGUCUACUACAGGAUUCUGCUGGUACAAGAGAGCUUCCUGUUCUUAAACAUGCUCAAUUCUCAACUAUCACGUUGGCAUUCUAUUUUGUAUCAGAUUUAAGUUACUUCAUGUGGAUUUGUAUUGUAUUCCCUUUUCUUCCACUGGAAUGGUUUCAUGCAGAAGGCUCCUCCCAGGAGAGAAACAAGCACCUGGUCUCCAAGUGAUUCAGCCAUAUGAUCAGCCUCAGCAGGGCAUCUUGGGUCAAAAUUAAGAAGACAUCUUGAAAUCUCUAAAGUUAAUUAUCCUAGGAGGUCUGGAAUACAGUUUUAAUAGGCACUGUUAAAUCAUUGAGGCUUGUGUGGGAAUGUCACCCAGAACACUACUGAAAUGGAGCAGAGAUUAGCACAACGGCAGCACCUGAUAUAGAUCGUCCUUUUUCUUCCUAGACAAGUGUUCAAACUACUUUAAAAGUAGGAAUACCUCCAGGUUGGCUCAAUAAAUAGUUCAGCCAUCUCAUGCAUUUUGCUGUUUGUGCAAAUCUGAUUACUUCUUGUUUUGUUUUUUAGAUAGCUCUGAAUCCUCAGGCUAGUAUAGAAAGGUCCAGUUGUUUCACAAAGCUGUUUUGGGAUGGGUUACAUUCCUGUAUAGUCUGUAUAUAGUGUGAAUGAUUCCAUAGCAGACAACAUCUACAUGUAGUCACCCAUCCAGCCGCAGGCCAAAGCCUUUCCAGCUGAGCCGGCCUGCAGCGUGAUGGGUGACUGCAUGUGGAUAUUGUCUGCUAUGGAUUAUUCACAAUAGUAAGAAUUAUAUAUUAACGCACAAGCACAUUUUAACAAUUUUAGUUGUACAUCUGGCAUUCCAUUUCAGCUGUUGCCUAUUAGCAAAAAGAUGGGGCUCCUAUAAGUGUGUGACUGUGUGUAUGAGACACCUCUCUUUCUCGUGUCUCUGGAGUUUGUGCCAUCCAGGUACAAUCUGUCUAUGCAUUGCCUUUAUAACUUUUGUUCUGUGAUGAGACCACUUUAUCAUUGUUUCUAUUUUUAUUAUUUCAUGUUUUGGAAGAGGCUUGUGACCAGUACAAUUUUUGGGUGCAGUUUUCAAUUUUUGUUUGUACACAAGUUAAUAUUGUGUCUCAUGUCAUUAAUCUACUUAACACUUCAAAAAAAAAUCUGUCAUCGAUCUUAGCAAGUGUUGCAUGUAAAUUGUUAGCAGGUGAUGACUACAGUUCAACCAAUUAAGACUUCUGUAGUAGGAAGCUCUACUAUGUUUUAAUUUUUAUAUACAAUUAUGCUGAUUAGCACAUUAUUGUAAAAUAUAUAAACUGGCUUUUUAAAGUUUAUUACCUCUUUACCAUUGCUUGCUCUAGCUCCAUUCACAAUGUAAAUAUUAUGCAGUGAACAAAUUAAAGACUUACUUUUUCCCCCUUUUUUGUUUCAAAUAACAGAACACACUAAUAGUGGGGCAGGUGUCGAGAAACAUUUGGUUUAAUAUUGAAAGCAGAAAAUACUAAAUGACGUAUAUAACUGUAGUUGAAAGUUAAAGGGAUCCCCAACUGUAUACUAGCUUUUUACCUACAGUAAAUAAACUAUGAUCUUGAAAGUGCCUGAAA